AUGUCGAAGACAAUCGGUGCCUACACCGUUGGACCUGAGAUAGGGAAGGGCUCCUUUGCCACGGUCUACAAGUGUGUGGACAAUAAUACGCACGAGUCCGUUGCUAUCAAGUCGGUGGUACGCCUGAAGCUCAAGUCCAAGAAGCUCAUUGAGAACUUGGAAGUGGAGAUCUCCAUUCUCAAGUCUAUGAAGCAUCCUCAUGUCGUUGGUCUUCUUGACUAUCACCAGACUUCCACUCACUUUCACUUGAUCAUGGACUAUUGCUCCAUGGGUGACUUAUCUUACUUCAUACGCCGCCGAGACCAGCUCGUAAAGACCCAUCCGGUUGUUUCACAGUUGCUUGCUCGCUACCCAUCCCCAGAAGGCUCUCACGGAUUGAAUGAGACACUUGUUAUACAUUUCUUGAAGCAGUUAAGCUCCGCACUCGAGUUCUUACGCUCAAAGUCUCUUGUUCAUAGGGAUAUCAAGCCACAGAACUUGCUUCUUUGCCCUCCGGCUCACACUAAGGAACAGUUUGAGAAGGAAAAUUACGUUGGCCUCUGGGAACUUCCUAUCUUGAAGAUUGCCGACUUCGGCUUUGCCAGGUUCUUGCCUUCUACUUCUAUGGCUGAGACGUUAUGUGGCUCUCCCUUGUACAUGGCCCCAGAAAUCUUACGCUACGAAAAGUACAAUGCAAAGGCUGACUUAUGGUCUGUGGGUGCUGUAUUCUAUGAAAUGACAGUCGGAAAGCCGCCCUUUCGAGCUGCCAAUCAUAUUGAGUUGUUGAAAACUAUAGAGAAGACUCAUGAUCGGAUCAAGUUUCCUUCAUCAGCGCAGGUCCCAGAAUCGCUUCGCAAGUUGAUCAAGUCUCUCUUGAAGUACAAUCCAACGGAACGUGUUUCUUUCAAUGAGUUUUUCAACCAUCCUCUUAUCGUCAAUGACUUGGAGGGUAAUGACAGACCCUUGGAUACUUCAGAAAUGGAUACGAAUCUCUUCAUCAGUGAGUACAUAUCGCCCAUCAAACCUUCUGAUAGGGCUAAGUUUGUGGCUCCAAUUAUGCCUAUGACAGGCGAAAGGCAACACAAGGGCACUUCAGAAGAAGUCCAUACUUCAGAUUCUGGCGAUAGGACGCCCCCACAGACUCCGCAGAUGAUCAGAAGAGACUAUCCUCGUGAGAUGUUAUCUCACCGUUCUAACUCCCGUGAUGAGCAGAUUAAACUGAUAAUCAAUCAGAAUAGCCCCGACUCUGCUGCUCUCACGCACUCUAUCCAGCCAAAACAAAUCGAGCUCAAGCAGGGCCAGCGCUCUAAGAAUGAUGUGAUUUUGGAGAAGGAUUACGUUGUUGUUGAGAAACGGGCGGUGGAGGUGAAUGCCAUUGCAGAUGAGUUGGCGAAAGUCGGCACGAAUGGCAUUGGAUCGCAUCAUCAACACUCUCAACAUGCUCAGGGACCAGAUCGCAACAUAGUACUUCUGAGAAGGCCUUCUCAGAAAUCGACGGCCCCUUCAGGUCGUAGAACGAGUUUUGGUGAUAGGAGAAUCUCAAUCUCAAUCUCACCAACAAAUGCUUUGGGAAAGGCCAUAAGCCUUGCUUCUAAUCGUUUGUUUGGAAAUGCUGGCCACUCUUCUGAUUUACAGGAGGAGGGUUCUCAGACUGGUGAUCUCAACAAUUUCUCAACCAUCAUCUCGAGUCCAGAUUUUGCUAACAACUUGUUGUUAAAGAAAGUUAAACUCCCUACUUCCAACACUCUUUUGGCUGCAUCACCUCACGGAGAGAGUAAACAGGAGGAUCUUUCUUACGAUGAAAGAGUCCUUAGUCAAUUGGAGUCAGUAGCAACGAAGUCGCAUGCUAUUAGCCUAUUCGCCGACGUCAAGUUCAGCCAAUUGAUUCCUUCUCCACCUUCAACUGACGAGUACGAUGAUGAAAUAAUGCAGCAUAAUGAUUUGCUUCCGCCAAAGAUGGUGAAGGCCAUAAGUGAAGAGGGUGUUGUGUUAUACGUGAAGACUCUAUCAUUACUUGCAAAGGGCAUGGCUCUCGCUAGUAGCUGGUGGAUGGCUCAUUACCACAAGGAUGAAGCUACCGGUGAACAACAGCUAGUUCGGUCAUUGGACCUUCAAGUGUCAUCACAGAUCAAUGAGUUAGUGCAAUGGAUUCGUGAUCAGUUCAAUGAAUGUUUGGAGAAAGCGGAGUUUAUCAAGCUUAGGUUAGAAGAAGCUAACGCUAGCAUCACUAAAGAAGAGGAUGUACACGGCGUCUCUAACUAUACCGACCAAAACAGUCUCGGCACUGCUACGGCAACAACGCUAGGCGGGGAUGUGAACAGCGAUUCCUUCCGAGUUGUAGCCGAGAAGUUAAUCUUCGAUAGGGCUCUAGAGAUUUCAAGGAACGCAGCAGUUAAUGAGUUGGUAAAGGAAGACUUGAAAGGUUGCGAACUUGCUUACAGUACAGCUAUUUGGAUGUUGGAAGCACUUCUUGACGAGGAGUCGCCCGAUGUCGAGAAAUUGGAUGAAGAGGACCGGGCAAUGGUGGAGAAAUUUGUUGUCAGUAUUGGCAACAGGUUAUCAGUGUUGAAGAAGAAGCUUGACUUGAGUUGA